UCUGCCAAGAGGUAGAGGCCUCCCCAUGGCCAGAAGUCACGUGGCUGAAGGAUGAUGUUCCUGUGCUGAAGCGGGUCAGUAUCUCCAACUCUGAAUCGUCAUCUCCGCUACUGAUCACUUCAUCUGAGUGCUCUGAUUCAGGGAUCUACACCAUAGGGGUCAAAACCCUAGUGGACCAGGAAACCUUCAGCGUGGAGGUUAGGGUUACAGAUGAUCCCAAGCCCCCAGGACCAGUAGAACUUGAGGAGAACAUCCCAGGCACUAUGACAGUGAUCUGGGAACCAUCACCUGAUGAGAUGUGUGACGAUCACCUCCACUACUCUGUGUCUAAACGAGACUCCAUCAAAGGCUCAUGGAGCACAGUGGCCCGACAGGCUCUUCAACAUGUUCACCACUUCCGUGUCUAUGCUAAGAAGGACACGGGCAUGUCUGCCCCAUCUGAGUCAUCCACCUGGGGAAGUAAGAGGAAGAACGCUAUUACUAGGCAAGUAAAGCGAUCAAUUGCCAAGUCAUAUAAUCAGCUCAUAUGGAUAGAUUGGCAAUAAUAACAGUAUAAUCAAUAACAGCUAAGUCAUUAAGCUCAACAUUAAGUACUAAUGUGUUAUACCUGUUUAUUAUUAUAUUUAUUUAUUAUUUAUUAUUAUAUGUAUUUAUUACAAACAAUCUAUUAACCCUUUAUAAAAUGCUGCCAUUUCAACGUAUUCAUUACAUGACAUGUGAGAUGAGAGUUUGACCUCUCUGCCCUGCCUCUUCUCAAGGAACAUUUGUGGUGAACAUGCCAGCCUACAAGACCUGUGAUUUGAGGACUGCUCAAUCGUUCCUUCUGCCACUGAGACAGCACACAGCUCCCAAAGGUUACGAAUGCUAUAUGUGCCAUAAAGGGAAAUCCCAAGCCUCGCGUCACCUGACUAUCAUCAAGUAGCAGACACCACAGAUGGUGAUUAAGUAUUUGGUCAGCCAAACACCAAAUACUUAAUCACCAUCUGUGGUGUCUGCUACUUGAUGAUAGUCUGCGGGACCCUAAAGACUCGGGCGAGUACACCAUCCAAAUAGAAAGUGCCCAGGGGAGGGCCGAGUGCUCCACCAAACUCAGUCGGAGAUGAGAACUCAUCUGACCUACUCUGACAAAUGUAUGUAGUACCUUGGUGUGAGUCGGAAUAUCAUUGAAUGUAAUGUCAUUGAAUGUUGCAUGAAAUAGAGUUAUAUUGUUUCUCUCUCUUGCUCACAGAAUGAGAAACAUUGUGUUUUUACAGUGCUUCAGUAUGUAGAGCCAUUAUUAUGUAUCAAGGUGGAAAAUGUAAAGUUUGUUAUAUGGUAAGUUAUAAGUUAUUUCCAAAAAAUGCAUGGCUGUACUGCUUGUAAGACAUGCACUGUGGUUGUUGGGGAUAGUAAGUACAAAUCCGAGAGUUAUUGUUUUUGAUCAUUGUGUUUGAUGUGGAUACUCCACAACCUAAAAGGACAUAAAUCGAGAUGGCAUUGACCCAACCUGGGAGACAGACAGGAGCAGGGGAACAAAUGCUGGUGGUUUCAUGAACAAAACAAACUGGCAAUAGACAAAUAGAGAACACAGAUAUAAAUACACAGGGGAUAAUGGGGAAGAUGGGCUACACCUGGAGGGAGGUGGAGACAAGCACAAAGACAGGUGAAACAGAUCAGGGUGUGACAACUGAAGGUCCCAUGAAAUACUAAAUAUGACUACAGACAAUAACUGAGCUAUGCAGUCCACAGUUGUUGUGAAAGUGUUUAUAGAGCCCCUUCAUAUUUUAGGCUACAUAUUUACUAAUAAUUGGCCUACACAGUCACUACACAGCUGGCUAUUUGGUUCCUUGGAAGUUGUGGUUGUGAUUUUAAUAAUACUGCUAGUUCCUCGACGUACAUAUCACUUACAAAAUGAAAUGGUCCACCCACACAGACAGUGUGGUGGAGAAGGCGCAACAGCGCCUCUUCAACCUCGGGAGGCUGAAGAAAUUUGGCUUGGCACCUAAAACCCUCAGUCUGCACAACGCAUCACUAGGUGCAGUCUACCUACCCUCGAAGACCCCUACAGCACCCAAUUUCCGAGAAAGGCCAAAAAGAUCAUCAAGGACAACAACCACCUGAGCCACUGCCUGUUCACCCCACUAUCAUCCAGAAGUGGAGGUCAGUACAGGUGCAUCAAAGCUGAGACCGAGAGACUGAAAUAUUAGCACAUUAGAGGCU